GCCUAACAGCGUUUCUUUUCCACGGUAGAGCAACGCGCGCGAAAUUAAACACUUAGGCCAAUUUUUUUCGAGUUGACUGUCAUAGAUACGUUACUUAAAAAAGGUUGGUGUUUUUUCUUAAUCGUCGUCAUAUUGCGGCGAUAGAAUGGCAUCGAAAAAGAACGUCUUUCAGACAAUUCAGAAGAAGCGAAAAUUUGCAGACCGGCCCAUGUCGGAGUCUGAAAUGACAGAGGGAUCUACGGAUACCUCUAAAGAUAGUACAGGCGCCAAGGCUGUGACUGAGAGAGCUGUAGGUGUUCCAGAGUCUCCUCAGAAAACGACUGAUAACAAUAAUGGUGUAGUUACGCUGAACAUUAACAAUACGACUGAUAACAAUAUUGGUAUAGUUACGCUGAACAUGAAAACUACAACUGAUAGCAAUAUUGGUGUAGUUACGCAGGACAUGAAAACUACGACUGAUAACAAUAUUGGUGUAGUUACGCAGAACAUGAACAAACUGACUGAUAACAAUAUUGGUGUAGUUACGCAGAACAUGAACACUACGACUGAUAACAAUAUUGGUGUAGUUACGUGUGAACAAAUACCGGCUUUGCCAGAGACUCCCAAGAUAGAUAACGUUGAUGCAAAGCCAGUGGUAUAUACGAUUGCUCCGGACAAACUGCGCAAGAUAGAUAACGUUGAUGCAAAGCCAGGGGUAUAUACGAUUGCCCCGGACAAACUGCGCAAUAUAGAUAACGUUGAUGCAGAGCCAGUGGUAUAUACGAUUGCCCCGGACAAACUGCGGUCGUUAGACGCUGAUGAAGACGGAAGCUUUCAUACAAUGUUGGCCGAGACGAUCAGUGAGUCUGAGAUCAUCGCGACUACUGAGGUUACGAAUAUCGUCGUGAAACAUGAUCUCAGUCAGCCAGCUGUUCCGAAGUCAUCGUUGAAGAAGAAGCAUCGCGUGUUUGACGUAGACGACGCUUCCGGACUCAUCCCGAGUGACAUUUUCUACCUGAACACCGACCACGUGUUGCAGCGUUGCGAGACGUUCGACCAGCUCUCGGAACUCUUGGUGAAUGCAGCGUUGAGCAGUCCCGCCACGGACAGUUCUGAUUUCCUGAACAAGUGCAAAAGAAUCCUGAAGGUCCCCGUCGACACGCUCGAUCACUACGGUAGUAUAGGGACCUUCUUGGCCACGUUGUACGAGAACAAACAUCUGAUCGACGUGGUCAUCGACGUACGCGGCACGUUGUUUGGCGCGCACCGCAUAGCGCUAAGUUGCCAGAGCGACUUCUUUGCGGAUAUGUUCAGUAAGAGUACCGGCCGGAGAAUCCCGUUUGAGUUCAAGAUCAAGGGUGUCAGCCCCGAAGCGUUCGCCUGCUUUUUGGAGUUCUGUUACACCGGAAAACUCACGAUAAUGCCUAGCAUCGCUGCGGACAUACUGAUUGUUGCAGACGUUCUCAGGGUAAACUCGUUCAAGCGCCACCUGGACGCCAUUACAGACAGCCUUCCCUUAGAUCAGAAUGUGAAAAUGGUGGCCAAAAGCAAAGUGAACGCGGAAGGCCAAUUGUUCAAGAAACUGUUCGCGGUGAUCGUGCGGAACCUCAGCGCCGCUGCGGACACUUCCUUCUUCAUGUACAUGGACGUAGACCUGCUGUGCCAGAUACUUUCUUCCGACGACUUAGUUGUGACGUCAGAGUACGAGGUGUUCACGAUUGCCAUGCGCUGGCUGCUUGCUGAUGAACAACGAAUCAAGCACAUCCCGAGAGUCAUGGGAUAUAUCAGGUUUGACCAGAUGUGCAUACCCGAGCUAUUCACUUGCGCAGAGACAACGGCCAUACUGCGCGGCUACGACAAGUUCCGGGAGCUGGUUCUCAUUGCUAACUGGUUGCUGACGGCCCGAAAUGUACCAAAAGACGACCCCUUUCACUUCCCAGUGUCCCGACCCCGGAAGUAUCAGAACGCCGCUUUGCUGAAACUCCAGAAGGAUUCCGAAGCACCUUCCAGUAGCAAGGGUGACCCAGCACCGAACGGCGACGUCACUGUAGCGAUGCCUCCUCCCGUGAUGACGUCAACACCACGUGCCAAACCUGCCUCUGCGGAGGGGGCGAUUAUCGAUGCGAAAAAAGCCGCGGCGGACAUACUGGCUAUAGGCGGAUUUGAGUCGAAUGAAGCCUCGUUAGUGCCGAAGUACGUGGAGCGGUAUGACAGCGCCGAUAACCAGUGGGUGCAUUUCUGCCGACUUCCGGAACCCCGCCGACACCACGCGGCAGUCGUUGUGCGAGGAUUCAUGUACUUGAUAGGCGGAAGUAACCCUUGCGUGAAAUCGGAGCUUCCGCUGCCGACGCGGACAGUGUUCCGGAUGGACCUAUUCACCAAGCAGUGGAGAGAAGGAGUCCCUAUGAACGAAGCGCGAUACAGUCACUGCGCAUGCGCGAUCAACGAGCGGAUAUACGUGUUUGGAGGGAAAGGGGAAGGCGACAGGGUGUCGAGUACUGUGGAGUGUUUUGACGUUGUCACUGACGGCUGGUUCUACGUGACUCCAAUGGCCGGCCCUCGUUACGCCGCCACCGCCGCCAGCCUCGGGGACCGGAUAUACGUCGCGGGAGGGCUUGGAGAGAGCCGCGAGAUACCGUCUGCUCUACACGUGCUAGAUGACGUCAUCUGCUUGGAUACCUCCGCCAAAAGCUGGAGCAACGCCCCGAAUCUGCGAUUCGCCCGUUGCUAUGCGAACCUGGUCGCUGUUGACCACACCCUGUUCCUCUGCGGUGGAGCGUCCCGCUCGUUCGAUUACAAGAACUCCGUGCUGAUCAGCGUGGGCGCGCUGGACGCGCUUGACCUCACCAGAAAUAGGUGGCGCCACGUGGCGGAUAUGCUCUUGGCGCGUCACGACAUGGGCGCGGCUGCUGUAGGCGACCGGAUAUUCAUGAUUGGUGGAGUCUCUUCGACAGCAGACCGCGUGUUGACGUCAGUAGAUUGCUAUGACGUCAUGACAGGUGUUAGCGUCACCAACAUACAGGAGCUACCAUACCCAGCUAGGUCGGUGGCCUGCGUGACUGUGCCGUCGGCUGGUCGUCGGCCCGCGGGCAACAAACAGGUCAACUUCCAAAGACCCAAUGUGUAACUAAUACUAUGCUCAAUCAACCCUGGACAAUUUGACUUUUUUCGACAUUGUUUUAAGAUUAUUAGACUAAUUUAAUACCAUUACUUUUUUCUUAUUUCUUUUUGAUUAAUAAAACGCAAAACGUC